AUGUCUUUUGGUCAAUUCAACUUCAAAGUGCCCGUCAAAAUUCCUGGUAUCCAACCAAAACAACUGCAAAUCAGAGAUUCCAUAAAAAAAUCAUCACUGCAACCGCAACCGCAACCAACACCACCACCACCUCCCCUGAAAAAAAGAUCUACAGAAGCAGCAGAUACCUCAGAUGAACCACAAAAGGUUAAAAGACGGUCUGGUGGGAAACAUCAGAUGGCAGCAUGUUGUGCGUGCAAAAAGAAACGAAAGAAAUGUGAUGGGAAGUACCCAAUUUGCUCAGGGUGUAUCACUCUGAAGGUCGAAUGUACGGUUUUCGAUGGCACCACUGGACGAGUGAUCCCAAGAGACUAUAUCCAGAAAUUAGAAGAAACCAUUUCCCUGUUAAACAACCAGCUCAAAGAUGCCAGUAGCAAUGGUGAUGGCGGGCCGAACGCGGAAAAUUCCGCCAAACCAUCAUCAGUUGAUAAUGAUGAGGAUCUCCUAAAACCCUCAAUAAAUAAUACAUCCAAUCAGACAAAGCAAUCUAUGAUCAAAAAAUCCCCAAGAUUUGAAGACGAAGAUUUGGAAAUGGAAAUUGGAUACAUCACCCUAGGUGCCGCUGCCGAAUCACGAUACAUUGGCGAUAGCAGCGCGUAUUCCAUCGCCAAAGCCAUCACGAGUUCCAUCGAUUAUUACAAGAAAGAAAAGCACGCUUCUCGGACCAAAUUCACCAAUAAUACCAAUUCCCCACCGAUGGUCACUGAGAUCUUUGAUCCUCCAGUCACUAAACCCAGCUUAGUAGUGGCACAAAGCUAUUUGAAAAAUUAUAGUAUCCACGUUCAGUGUCAAUACCCGUUUCUUGAUUGGGAUUGGGUCCUCAAAUGCUUUGAUGAAGUGAUGAAUCAUGAUUCUUCAAAACCUGAGGAGAUUUUCUUCAUCUACAUGAUUUUUUCCAUCGGUUCACAAAUCGCCACCAGCAAUUUACUGCACCUGAAUCUUACGUUCACCAAGGCGUACUACGACAAAGCCAUGGAAAGUUUGACCCCGUUGGUCGAGGUCAACACUCUUAAAACUGUUCAAGCAUAUUUGAUCAUGUCGGUGUUCUCCCAAAAAAUGCCUGAUGGCUCAUCGAUUUGGCAAACCACCGGGCUUGCGAUCCGUACUGCGGUGGCCCUUGGGCUCCAUCGUGAACCGUACCGAAAAGAAUACAUGUCGGAAAAGAUGCAAAAAUUGAAUGAGCUUCGAUACCGGAUCUUUUGGUGCGCUUAUGGAAUGGAACGGAUUAAUGGAGUAGUAUUGGGGCGACCAUUUGGAAUUUCUGAUAUUGAUAUUGAUGCUCCUAUUCCCCAACAAACCUCGGAGAUCUCCGUCGCGUGCCACGUUUUCAAACUACGAAGAAUCCAGCUGAGCAUUUGUACGUUUGUCUAUAAACCAGUGGUGAUCAUGGAUUCUCCUGAAGAUAUUGAUUCCACCAGAGUGCAAAUCGUAUUGGAGUUGAACGAUUGGAUGAACACUUUCCCAUCAAAACUGCACCCGAUUUCGGUAUUCGAGUCCCGGAAUUGGUGUCAAAUCUCUUAUCAUAACCUGAUGUUGUUGCUUCUACGACAAGUGGUUUUAGAGGUGUCAAAGUUGAAAGAACGAAGCCAUCCACGAACCAUCGAAUGGUUCAAAGUGUUCACACAACUGGCGUCGGCAAUUUGUAUGCAUUACAAAGCGAUCCAUGUGAAGGGGAAAUUAAGUUAUACUUGGUUAGCAAUGCACUGUGUGUUUGUCGCAGGAUUAUCCUUUUUGUAUUGUUUAUGGAUAGAUACUUCUAUUAAAGUGCUUGAAUGGAAAAGACGCGGGUUGAUUUAUGAUACUAUUCUGGCGUGUCUGAGUAUCUUAUACGUGCUAGCCGAGAGGUUCGGUCUGGCAUCGAUUUUCCGUGACACUUUUGAAAGAAUUUCCAAUAGUGUAUUGCUAAAGGUUGAGAAUGAUGAUUUAGGUUUGAAUGAAUCAUAUACGACAGCAACACAUAGUGAUAACCCUGAUCAAACUCCGAUCAACAAUUAUGGUGGUCUGCUGGGAGCCACCCCGCUGAUGCCAAUGAUGUCCGAGAGUUUUUUCCCUUCUGGGGUGCUUAAUGAGCAAAGUAUUGGGAUUGAUCAAUACUUGGGGUACGAGAUGAAGGAUGUUAUUGAAGGUCGAUGCAAUGUGGAGAACUUGUUGAACCCGGAAAAUACCAAUAUUGCAAUGCAACAGGAAUUGAACCUUGAUAUGGAUUUGUCAUUAUGGGAGUUCUUGGAUACUACGGGAGACAAAUUCUUGAGGGAUAUUUAUUAUGAUAUGGAGAGUAACUUGCAUCUGUCAAUGGGGGCUUCAUGA